AGUAUAAAAAGGAUCCGGUCGACUUACGGUUCUGCACCAUCUUUUCCCCUUCUUCUUCUCUGCUAAACUAUAGACCCUUUUGAGUUUCGUUCAUCCUGGUAGAUAAAUUUACGGAGCUUCUCUGAGCUUACUUAUUAGUUUUCUUUGAUGGAGUGAUUAUCCCUAAUUGGAUUGUGAAAGUCUUCAUAUCCGUCGUCACCUAUUAGAGGAUUUCUUCAAUUUAUUCUCAAUAUCUCUUCAAUUUUGUUAAUCAGAGGAUUGUGAUUCUUAAUCUAGUCUUGUUUCCAAACCGAGUAGCAGGCAGCCUUGAUAAUUAUCAGAAAAUAUUGUCUGCCAAUGGAGGUUUUAACAAGUUAUGAUGUAUCACCGCACUUUUACUAUGGUACAUCAAGGAACAGAAGCACAGAGGUACUUAAUAGCUCCAACACCAACUUUCAUGGUGUUUACACUUCUAUUCAGACUCAGGUCAGUGGUUUACCCAACGAAAUAGUGAUAGACAUCUUAAGUAGAGUUCCAGCCAAGGCACUCAUGCAGUUUAAGUCAGUAUGCAAACAUUGGUUGUUUUUGAUUAAACAAGAUCCAAAGUUGAUUGAUUUGCAUUUCAUCCAUUCAAAAUCACGUCCUAAUUUUCUCUACAUCGACCCAGCGCCAGAAAAGGGCAUCCUCCACACUAGCCUAAUUGCUAGCUUUGUAGAAAGCAAAACGUUUCAGCAAAGUAUUUCAUGUGCGGAGAUAGUUGAAGCGAGUACUGGUGGUGAGGAUGAAGAAGUGGAAGCCUUUGUUAGUAAGGUUAGGAUAACCGAGGAUAAAUGGUUCCCCUAUAGUGAAGUCUUGGAACCGGUGAAUGGUUUGGUUUGUUUUGUAGAUCAAAAGACACAUGCUAUUAGGGUAUACAAUGCAAGUACACGAGAAGCAACACCGUGGGUCAUAUCAACGUUACUCGCUGAAGAAAAUCACAAGCUUAUGGCAGAUAAAAGCACGAUGAAGAUAAAAAGUCACUCUACUCCAAUUUAUCGAUUUGGUUUCGACCCAGAGAAGAAAGAACAUAAAGUAUUCUGCUUUUGGAGACUACUUACCAGGCGUGAACAGCAUUGUCAUCAUUCCUUGGAACGAUCUGAAUAUGAAAGUUGGGAGGCAUUGACAGUGGGCAGUGACACCAAAUGGCGUAGGAUCAAUGCUGUUCCUAACGAGAACAACCAAAUAAAUAUUGCAGAGGUGCUCCCUCCGGCUUAUAGUAAUUGUCGGCAGGUGUAUGUGGAUGGUACUAUAUACUGGAGCAACAAAGAGUACUAUUGGGAUCAAUGGGGGACCACUAAUCGUGAUGAUCCCGAUGUCAUAGUUGCAUUUGAUGUUGGAACUGAAAAAUAUAGACUUAUCCCAAUUCCUAGUUUCAUCCUCGAAGAGCCUCGUGAUGAAGAGUAUAGGCUGCCAAUUGACAUCUUAGUAUUGGGUGGACAUGUGGCUCUAUUAUACCGUAUGGAACCUUAUGUUGUUAAGUUAUGGAUGUUAGAUGAUGGAGCUGGUAAAAAACUGGAAAAUUGUCGAGGAAACAAAAGUAAUUGGAGCACGGAGAUAAUUGAGCUACCAUUUUACUGUGAUAACCGAGUUGGUGGUUUUGGAAUUGCUGGAAGUACAGACAAGAUAAUCUUUGAAUGCCGGGGAUGCAACAACUCAGUGAGCUUCACUUGUUUGUAUUCUUAUGACCGCAAGAAGAAGACUUGUAAGAGGAUUGAGAUGGAUGGAGUCUCCUCGUUUACCCGUUGCUCCCGGAGGACUCUGGUUACCACUUUUACAGAAAGCCUCUUUCAUGUUUAGUCUCUUUACAACACAAAAGUUACUUGAAGCUUGUGCAAAGUUUCUCUACAUAUUCCACAUGCCAUGUGAGUGCCCAACUUUGUGGACUUAUCAGUUAUCACUCUUUCAUUUUCAGGAAACGGCAAAUCAAUCAGUUGAAUUUCUUGUAGAAAACGUUCAUAAUGUAUUAUGUUAUCUUUUCAAGUUUUUAUACCUUUAGGCGGUUCAUAUAUAUGGUUGUAUGGUACUUCCAAUAAAAUCCGCGUUGAUUGUUGAGAUUCAUCUUUUUAAUUCUUACUGCAAAACUUAAUGAGAUCGCCAUGUUUCAAUUGGGCUUCA